CUCGAUACGCUGCCAAUUAGUAACAGCUCAAACAUCCGUCUUUGCAUCAGCAGUACAAAGUACUGUUCAUACAAGUCAAAAUGCCCAAGAUGACACCAGACUACGAAGUAAGACUACAGCUCGACCCUGAGAGAGUACUCAACUCCGAGCACAACCUGGAGUCAGACAUCUUGGAGUUCUUCAAAGUAUCCGAGAAACCUCUACAAAUGAAUGUGCAGUUUCUCGACAAAUGUUCCAAGGACAUAUACAAUGCCGGCUGGUGUGUGCGAAUCCGCAAAGUAGAGGAGAAAUCCCACCUCGAGCUGACGUACAAGAAACGGUACGACAUUGACAACGGCAACAUUGAUGAGGUACUCGCUCGAGCCAAGAAGGAUGGAUUUCAUGGCGGGGAUACCAAAUAUGAAGCGCAAGUCGAAUGGGGGUAUACGAAACAGACACUCUCCAUCAGCAGGGAGAAACAGGUUUCGCAUUCUGGAAAGACCGAGCUGGAACUCCCGGGGCCGAGCGACUCGCGCAAAAUGGCAAUCAAGGAAGAACCCGACAAGUUUGACGAUUGGGGACCAGGCGAAGAUUGGGGGACAAAGACACUGGCGAAAGCGAGAGUGUUUGGCCCGGUCCUCGCAAAACGCUGGAUCGGCGAGUGGAAUGACAUUGAAGUGUAUAUCGAAGUCUGGCCAAUCCCUGAUGCUGAAGGGACGGGAACCGAGUACAUCGUCGAGGCGUCGUUCAAGACGGACAGCUAUAAGACGGCCUCUGCCGGGCGCAUCAAUCUCACCAGCCAAUUACAGGCUCAUGACUGGGUGCUUGCUGAAGACUCUCUAAAGACAAAGCUUAUUCUAGAGCGCUACUCGUGCUCUAAUAUGACAGCUGAAAAUGGGGACUAGAAGCUGUUUUCAUAGUGAGGCAGGGGUGCGAAUAACUCAAGCAUAGCUUCAACCCCGCGAUGCUAUGCCAUAAGCAGCAAAGACGACUAUUUUGUGUGAGCUGAAUCUGCAUUCUGCAGAGUGUGUACAUUAGCUCAGGAGCGAUGACAGAAUCGUCGGGAUUUCUGAAUGCUUGAUUAGUUGUCUGCUCGCCACGUCACUUUUGGUUGGAUCUAAGCAGUUUUUUUGGUUGUCCGUGAGGUGUAUAUCUCAGAAUAUGAAAUCGCCCGAGCUGGCGGGGGAGGCCUUCGGGGUGAGAAGUUAUAUAAAGAAUGUCUCAACCUGCCUCAUUUUGUACGAGACUGAACACAAGUCCAUAAGGCAAACACGAGAGCUAUACUUGCACA